UUCCGCCGGGCAUGAAGAGCAUUGCGGUUGGCUCAGGUCCCGCGGACCCCACGCGCGUCCGUGGAGCCCUAGGGCGACUUUCAAAAGUCCCUCCCACCACUCUGAGCCCGGCUGAGUUCGCUUCCAUUGUCCUCUCAGCCGCGAGCUCCCGGACGCGCGUGCGAGCCAACUGCUAAUGCCCAGGCUGCCGUUGUGGCGCUGUCACACCGUGCGCCCCCCGCCCCAUGGAGUCGCCCGCUGGUGCCGCGGCGGCCGUAAAAGAUCCUAAGGCCAGAGAACAUGACUCCGCGGGCACCAAGGUCUCGGCACCCGCCGCGGACCCCCAACCCAGGACAUCGUCGCAGAAGGCGGGGCACUCGUUACAAGAUUGGGACACCAUAGCCACCGUGGGCACUGGAACCUUUGGCCGUGUAAACCUGGUGAAGGAGAAAACAGGCAGGCGAUACUGUGCCUUGAAGAUUAUGAGCAUCCCAGAUGUCAUUCGCCUGAAGCAGGAACAGCAUGUCCAGAAUGAGAAAGCAGUCCUCAAGGAAAUAAACCAUCCAUUCCUCAUUAAACUACUUUGGACAGGCCAUGACAACCACUUCCUGUACAUGUUGAUGGAGUUCGUGCCUGGUGGUGAACUGUUUACCUACCUUCGUAAUCGUGGCCGAUUCUCCUCAGUUGCUGCAAUCUUCUACGCCACAGAGAUUGUGUGUGCCAUAGAAUACCUGCACUCCAAGGAAAUCGUAUAUAGGGACCUGAAGCCUGAAAACAUCCUUCUAGACAGGGAAGGACAUAUCAAACUGACAGACUUCGGCUUCGCUAAGAAACUGGUGGAUAGGACAUGGACUCUCUGUGGUACACCGGAAUACCUCGCCCCAGAAGUCAUUCAGAGCAAAGGUCACGGAAGGGCUGUAGAUUGGUGGGCAUUGGGCAUCCUUAUAUUCGAGAUGCUGUCUGGGUAUCCCCCAUUUUUCGAUGACAACCCAUUUGGGAUUUACCAGAAAAUCCUUGCAUGCAAAAUAGAUUUCCCCAGACAGUUGGAUUUCACCUCUAAGGACCUCAUCAAGAAGCUGCUAGUGGUGGACAGGACCCGGCGCCUGGGCAACAUGAAGAACGGAGCAGAAGACAUCAAGCGGCACCGAUGGUUCCGAGGUGUGGAGUGGGAGUCCGUGCCCCAGAGAAAACUGAAGCCACCCAUUGUGCCCAAGUUAUCGGGUGAUGGUGACAUCUCCAACUUUGAAACUUAUCCAGAGAGGGAGUUGGACAAGACCCCUUCUGUAUCUGAGAAAGACCUGGAAACAUUCAAAAAUUUCUGAGGAUGAGAAUUCAUGUCUGCAAGAAACAUGAAGACAUCUACACCACACCAAUGACCACAACCAUUUUUUGUUAUAUGCUUCUGUUUCUUGCUAUGAAACUAGAAGUUUUGGUGUGUGUAUCCCAGUUCCUGCAAGGUCAACACUAACAUCAUCCUUGGAACCCAGCCUCAUUUCAAUAACUGGAAACCUGCCCAGUGACAAUUUCGCAAAACCUGUUAAACUGUAGGCUUUCUCCUUCAUGAGUCUUGUGGUUUUGGUGUGAAUUUUGUUUGUUUGUUUGUUCGUUCAUUCGUUCGUUCAUUCGUUUGUUUUUCUACUGAACUUUUUAAGUUUGAAUUUGACCAAUUUGAUUAUGGCUGUCAGUGUGUAUGUGCACAGAAAUUGGGCAAACUGGAAAUUUUGGCACUUUGAUGUACCUGUGACAUGCUCAUUUUUCAAAGCUUUCUCAAAAAUCUGUUGCCCUGCAGGCAAAAAAGGGUGAGAUAUAUGCAUUUUUAAAAUGCCUUUCUAUGCAUUUUGCAAUCAUUUGUGUGCAUUGUUUAUUUAGUUACUGUUUGUUUAUUUAGUUCCUUUCUGGUCACUUUAAACUUGGAAGUCAGGAAGCCACAUGCCCUGCAGACCCUUAUUCAGAUAUAGCACAAAUGUAUGGCUUUCCUCAAAUCUUCCAGUUUAGAUGUUUUCAGUACAAUAUCCCUUCUUAAAGUUAAGCCAGAACUCUGCAUACAACACGGUAAUCUGAGUGCAAAGAUUGCCUUUUUAUGAUAAUACAAAUAUACCCACAUCCCCAAAAGGGAACUAACUCUAAGGAUCCACUCCUUAAGCCCCUCCCUCCUUUGUUCUGAAGAAAAUGACAUUUUCUUCUCAUCAUCUCAACUUUGUUCUCCCAGCCAUGUCUGUCCAUGAAAACUCAGGUUCCAGGCCGGGAACUUCUAUGAAAGUUUGUACAGAGCUGUAUUUUUGGUGAGCUUUCUCAGUGCUUUCCAAUAUGCAAACUAACUGGGUUAUGUACCUCAAACAAACAAACACAUACAGGAGAUAGAAAGCAGGAUUAUAAUCAAGUCCUGUCAGUAGCUGUUUGUUAUUAAAUAGGAAAUAACAUAAAAUUAGCAUAGGAAACAUUGCCUUAAUUCUAAACAUACAUGGGGAGAGCACACAUGCACACAUGCACGCUCUGUGUACUCCUGAAGCACUUUGCAAUCUGACUCAAAUCCUAAAAAUCAAAUUAAAAACCUUUAAUCAGACUAUAAAUUAUACCAUAUGAUGUCAUGCAGUGACAUCAGACAGCACAUAGGAAUCAUAAUUUUUUUAUUUUAAUAUUUUUAAUUCUGUGUGUACAUGCAACUGCAGUACACACAGCCAGCAAGUACACCAGAGACCCUACAGCUGGGCCUAUAGGCAGUUGUGUGCUGCCCUAUGGAUGCUGGGAACCCAACCUGGAUCCUCUGCAGUCCACGUAGUUAACAUACAAAAAAUAAAUUUGGAAGGGCUGGUGGGGCAAAAGCAGCUACAUAAAGGAAUUAGGGAACUAUGUCCUGUUCUUGGCUCUGAGUCCAGAGUGAACUGUGCAUCCAGCUCCUUCUCAUGAAGCAAUGGGAUAGUUAAUAAAUUUCAAAUUCCUCUGGUGGCAGCUUGAUUCAAACCAAGUAUAAAAGAUAAAGUCAUUACUAGGCAAUACUAAUUUUAAAAUUCCAUGCUCUUCAACUUAAGACUGACUUUUUAAUAUAAAAUACUAAGUGCUGUGGAUUGGUGCUUCUCUCACCGAACUAUUACGUUACACUGUAAAAUGUAAUUUGUUGGCUAAAUACUGUUCACAGGACCCUUGGGCUGUGCAAAUAUCCCAAUAUUGGACCAAAACAUACCAGUCACCACUGUGUUGAUAGGUGAACUCUAGUGAAAAGUUAGCAUUGUGUGGGCCUUGAUGUUGAGGUGAAAAUGGCAGAAAAGAUCUCACUCCUGACUGUAGAUCUGAAACGUGUUGAUUUCCUGGGGUUUUUUUUUUUUUUUUUUUUUUUUUGGUCUGUUUUUGUUAUCGUUUUUUGAUGAAGCUCCAUAGGAAACAUUUGAUGAACAUCUGAUACCUGUCAUUCUUAUUUGUCAGACACACUGUAAACCACCUGAAUAUUAUAAUGCAAAGUCAAGGUUUAUAUGUGGAUUGGUAUCCCCAUCAGUUAGUGGGGGUACCCCUAAUUAGGUUGUGUGUGUCCCCAUCAGUUUAGGGGGAGGAUCUACUCCCCAACCAUUAUAUGUUCCUAUCAAAUCUGCCUCGUGGCUCUUACAACCUUGCAUCUGGCCGCACACUGUCAUUGGGGAGGUGGGGGAGUUGCUCCACUUGGUUAUGUGAUAGACAUCAUUUAUUACCUGUGUGACUUAGAGGAAGUGAGCAGAAGCCUCCCCAGUGCUCCGGGUCCUCACAGGUCAGACUCAAACCCCUUUGUCGACUUCUGAUCUUCUCAGAGUGUGGGGCUCACCACUUGACCUGCUAUAACCCAGGUCCCACUUGCACUGCAUAGGUGAACCUUCCUGCUGCCGAGCACCUGUCAGCUUGCCUGAAAUUAUCAUGCAGAAUGAAAAAUCCUGUUUUUUUCCUUACUUUCUUAUCCUGAUGCAUAAUUACAAAAAAAAAUCACUGUGAUUUGUGUAUAUAUCUAUCUAUACCUCUCUAUAUAUUUGCCCCAGGAAAACUUUUUCUGCUGUCUAAUUUAUAAAAUACUAUUAUCAAGCCCAGGUUUGGUUAAUAAAAGUUUGUAUGUUUUAAGAAAUCUGUUUCAGAUCUUUUCUUGACUUUUCCUCUAACAAUGAAGUUGGGUUAAUGAAGUUGGCUCAAAUGAAGUUGGGUUAAUCAAGGAAAUGGGUAUGCACCCCAUUGAUGAUUGUUUUAAGGAGUAUUAGCACCCAGGAUUUUGGAAGUAUUACAAACUUCAGACAUCAUGUGGGGGAGGCAUAACCUAAGUUACAAGAACAAGCCAGAACAAGUGGUAGGAAUGCAUUAUUCAAAAACACCUGCUGGUCCAGGAUAUCCACUAGGGAGGGUAGAAACCUGGAGGAGGCUAAAUGCAAGUGCUGCCAGGAGAGCUGUACUCAGCCUCGCAGGGUAACCAGUGCUUCAGUCUGCAGCAAGUAAAGCAAUGAAGUUUUCCCAUCUACACAUGGAAACAUCCCUUCUUCCUAGCCAACCUCAACUUGACUUGACGGACACAGAGUAAUCCUAGCACCUAGUACACUGAGAUGAGGAUGUUGGAGGCCAGUCAAAACUACACAGCAAGGAACAGUUUCAAAGAACAACAAGUAAGCCAUACCUUAGCUAGAGGCCUCCAAAACUGUGCACCAACACUGCCUCUAAAUUUGUUAAAUUUUUUAUUUUUCUUUUUUAUGUAUUUAUUUACUCAUUUUACAACCCAAUAUCAGCUGCCCAUCUCCUCCCUGUGCACCCUCAUAUAAAACCUCCCCCCCCCAUUCCUUUCUCCCCUUCUUUGAGAAGGGGGAGUGCCACACCAACUCCAGUGUCAUCUGUGUGACAUGACAGUCAUUAAGGCAGAUGGGAGAAAAAUGCUCCUUGGGGCUAGGCUCCCUGGAGGUCCAUGGCAGAGUGCCCACCUCUAGCCUUAGAAAGGGCCUUGAUGUUCUCUAAGGAUAUUGUGCUUCCUGGGUUAUGGGUUCUGAACUGUGUCUUUCUUCCUAUUCUUAAUUCUUUAUUCAGCACGAUCCCAGCCUACAAGCUGGUUAAUUGAUAAAGGAGAACUUGGUAUUUCGGUGGAAAGAAAAGAGGAUGUGGCAAUUACGCCUACUGCUUCCAGUCCUAAACUCAGUGAACUCAUAUGUUGAACCUUAGUGAAAGAAAGUCUUAGAAUGCUUUUCAACAGGGUCUGUCUUUAUCACUAGCCUUAGCAAAGGUAAUGCACAAAGAGCAGAGACAUUAGGGAAUGUUAUGAAUAGUUUGUAGCAGGAAGAAUACAAUAUGAAAAUGUAUAGGACUACAGAUGAGCUAUUGCUUUAUACAGGUACUUAUGAUAAAGUAGAUAAUAGAUGGGUAAAAGCAUUGAAGGGUAGAAGGUCCUAUAAUAUUCUUUAGAUUAUAGACAUAGAUUAGCUUGAGCUAGAACACCUUAGUGUUUGCUGUCCAGGGCAGUAUAGAGGGCUCUUGUAAUGAAUAUGCUCAUUCUUAAAGCGUUUUGACUUUUGAUGGCAGAAGAAGGCUUAUGGCAUACAAAUUGGUCUGAAGGCCCAGGUUCUCCUAUUGAUUAUUAAACCACAAGUUAGACUCGAACACCAUGUGUCUAAGGUUUAUGACCCAAGACUGCUUUUGAUCAUGGUUCAUAGAGCAAGAGUUCCUGUGGGCUUUGUGUCAUGUCUACUUGCUGUUCUAAUUAAGAAGGAAAUGUACCUUGUUUAGCAAUUGUUUGAGUGUUUCUGGAGGUGUGCCAACCCCCGAUCUGUUCCUCAAUAUACUAUAAAUAUGCCUGACUAAAAAGUAAAGUUGCCGCAAAUGCAAACCACUCUCUGGUUUGUCUGUCAUUACCUCGCCGCACCUGUGCCUUCCUGAAUACCAAAGCCCUGCUUUUCCCUCGGUCGUGACUACCCCAGCUGGGUCAGUCUGUGGCAGAGGAGUCCCCCUUUUAGAUAACACCUCCCCAACCCCUGCCAUGCUGCACAUCAGGUCUGCAAGACUAGGCACAUCCUCUCCCAGUAAGGCCAGAAAAGGCAUCCCAGUUAGGAGAAGGGGAUCCCCAGGUAGGCAGGCA